CGACUGUUAGCACCUCUACUGUACUACUGGUCUCCAUCACUAAAAAAAAGACACUGUGAAGGAGUUUAAUCAACAAAGGAGCAACACAUUGGUGUAAAAGGACCCCUCAAAGACUGACUUUCAUCAACGCCACGUAUUUACCGACACUAUUAAACGUCACCGCAUUCAUCAUAAAGACCAAAGUCGUUCGCCAUCGAUGAGCACAUUUACAGUGGAGCAAGACACUUACUCAAGUGUUUGUUUUGAAACUUUUUGAGUUCAUCUUGGAUUUAUCCUCGCCGGCUGGAGUGGUGCGUUCACGUUCCUCUGUUGAUGGGAGUCUAUUUAUUGUUGCCUCGUUUGUAACUCCGAAGACUGCAGGCUUCUCGCAUGUCUUUGAAGAUCCCGGCUAACAGUACUUGCACCGUCACCAUGGAGGAGACCAAAGGUGAAAGCAAAGCAAAGACGAAAGCACCCAUGUUCCACCACUUGAGGAAAAUCGAUAAAGUCGGCGCUAAGGCUGAAGACAUCACUAAGCUUUUGCACCACUCUGCCGUCAACCUGGAGUUCAAACAGCUGUCCUACAUUGUCCGGGAGGGACCCUGGUAUCGCAAGACAGGUUAUAAAACCCUCCUCAAUCGUCUUGCUGGACAAUUCAACAGCAGAGAUCUUACCGGAAUCAUGGGGCCAUCUGGAGCUGGAAAGUCCACCAUGAUGAACAUCCUGGCGGGAUACAAAGAGUCGGGCAGGACGGGCCAAAUCCUGGUGAAUGGUCGUCCAAGGAACCUGAAGAUCUUCCAGAAGAUGUCCUGCUACAUCAUGCAGAGCGACAUUUUGAUGCCCCACUUAACCACCAAGGAGGCCAUGAUGGUGUCUGCCAAUCUGAAACUCAACGAGAACAUGGAAGUCAAAAAGAAACUUGUGGACAACAUCAUGACUGCUUUAGGGCUUCAGAUCUGUGCUAAAACAAGGACCAACCAUCUCUCAGGGGGCCAAUGUAAAAGACUGGCCAUUGCUCUUGAGUUGGUCAACAAUCCUCCUGUUAUGUUUUUUGACGAGCCCAUCAGUGGCUUGGACAGCGCAUCAUCCGUCCAGGUCAUCUCCCUCCUGAAGUCUCUGGCCAAUGGUGGACGGACGAUCAUCUGCACUAUUCAUCAACCCAGUGGCAACCUCUUCCAGAUGUUUGAUAAGCUGUACAUACUCAGUCAAGGCCAAUGUGUAUACACCGGAACAGUCUCCCACCUCAUCCCUCACCUUAACAGCCUGGGCCUUUAUUGCCCCCAGUAUCACAAUCCGGCAGACUACAUCAUCGAGGUGGCGUCAGGGGAGCACGGGGACAUGAACCCCAUACUGUAUCAGGCUGCUUAUGGGGGCCAGUGCUGUGAGGAUAGCAAGAACACGGAGGAAGUGAAGACAUUCGUACACACUAAGGACGCAUUAACCUUUGAGAAACAGAACUAUGGCACGAGUGCAAUCAAACAGUUCUACAUCCUCUUGAAAAGAAACAUCAAGACGAUAUGCAGAGACACCUUGCUGACCCACCUGCGAGUGAUAUCCCACAUCCUGAUUGGAGUCCUCAUUGGCCUGCUUUAUCUCAAAAUUGGAAAUGAUGCAGACAAAGCGUUCAACAAUACUAGUUUCCUCUUUUUCUCCAUGCUGUUCCUCAUGUUUGCCGCCCUGAUGCCCACCAUUCUAACCUUUCCUUUGGAAAUGUCCGUGUUUGUAAGGGAACACCUGAAUUCCUGGUACAGUCUACAUGCCUACUACUUUGCCAAAACAAUUGCGGAUAUUCCAUUCCAGCUGAUCUGCCCAAUCCUUUACUGCAGUAUUGUGUACUGGAUGACUCAGCAGCCAUCUGAUGCAUCACGUUUUCUGCUGUUUAUCACCUUGUCCACAUGCAUCUCCAUGGUAGCCCAGACACUGGGGAUGCUCAUAGGGGCGGCAUCCCCUUCGCCACAGGUUGCAACCUUUGUAGGUCCGAUCACAGCCAUACCUGUCAUCCUCUUCUCUGGCUACUUUGUGAAUUUCAAAACCAUUCCUUAUUACCUGCAGUGGACUUCUUAUGGAUCCUACCUCAGGUACGGCUUCGAGGGAGUGAUUCUCUCCAUCUACGGGAUGAACCGCACAGAGCUGGAGUGCUUCGACGUGAACCUGGGGUGUGCCUUCAGAAAUCCAGAGUCUGUCCUGGUCAUGCUGAACGUGGAGGACGCCAAGCUGUACGUGGAUUUCAUCGUGCUGGGGGUUUUCUUCGUGAUCCUCAGACUGGCCACUUUUCUGGUCCUUCAGUACAAAGUCAAUGCAGAUCGUUAAGCGGAUGUAAAUGUCGUGUGCAUUUGUUAUGUAUUCACUUUUUUCACCAUUAACACUGUUGCUGUUGUGUUACUAACGGAGCUGACUGAACAGGCUGUGAGGUUAAAGGUCUACUGAAAUGAGAUUUUCAUAUUUAAACGGGGAUAGCAGGUCAAUUCUAUGUGUCAUACUUGAUCAUUUCGCAAUAUUGCCAUAUUUUUGCUGAAAGGAUUUAGUAGAGAACAUCCACGAUAAAGUUUGCAACUUUUGGUCGCUAACAGAAAUGCCCUGACUUUUCCCAGAAGUCGCAGACGAUGACGUCGCAAGUGUGGGGGCUCCUCACAUAUUCACAAUGAUUUUAAUGGGAGCCUCCAACAAAAACAGCUAUUCGGACCGAGUAAACGACAUUUCCCCAUUAAUUUGAGCGAGGAUGAAAGAUUUGUGUUUGAGGAUAUUGAUAGCGACGGGCUAGAAAAAAAAAAAAACUUGGGACGGAUUCAGAUGUUUUUAGACACAUUUACUAGGAUAAUUCUGGGAAAUCACUUAUCUUUCUAUUGUGUUGCUAGUGUUUUAGUGAGUUUAAUGUUACCUGAUAGUUGGAGGGGUGUGUCCACGGGGUGUUGACGCCAAUGUCUCAAGGAAGUCGACGGGAGCUUAAUGGGCGGCACAAACUCAGCUGAUCUCCGGUAAGAAGCGACAUUUUACCACAAUUUUCUCACCGAAACCUGCUGGUUGACAUUCGGUCGGGAUCCAUGUUCUCUUGACCGCUGUGAUCCAGAGUAAAGUUUCACCUCCGGGAAUUUUAAACAAGGAAAUACUGUGUUUGUGUGGCGAAAGGCUAAAGCUUCCCAACUCCAUCUUUCUACUUUGACUUCUCCAAUAUUAAUUGAACAAAUUCCAAAAGAUUCAGCAACACAGAUCUCCAAAAUACUGUAAUUAUGCCGUUAAAGUAGACAAAUUUUAGCUGUGUGUGUAUGCAGCGCUCAUAUUUCCUUACAGUCCGUGACAUCACGCGUUCACGUCAUUACGUGACGUUUUCAAGAAAAAACUCCCGGGAAAUUUUAAAUUGCAAUUUAGUAAACUAAAAAGGCUGUAUUGGCAUGCGUUGCAAUGUUAAUAUUUCAUCAUCCAUCCAUCAAUCCAUCCAUUUUUAUACCGCUUAUUCCCUUUUGGGGUUGCGAGGGGCGCUGGUGCCUAUCUCAGCUACAAUCGGGAUCUGUCAUCGCAGGGCCUAUUUCAUCAUUGAUAUAUAAACUAUCAGACUGCGUGAUGGGUAGUAGUGGGUUUCAGUAGGCCUUUAAAUUAUUAAAGCACUUCAAUAUAUAUCCUAUAAAUGUUUUUAGAAGCUCAUCCAUCCAUCUUCUACCGCUUGACCAUCAGUGAUUCUCGAAACAUCUUACAGACAUAGUAAAUUCUUGCCAUUUUCUGGUGACUGUUUCAGACAUGUUUUGUUAGUCCUGUCUAGUGAUCUUAUUUUUUUAGUUCAGCUCCCCUGUCUGCUACUGAAUGCUGGCUCCCGCAACUGUCCAGUAACCAGUAACAGGUCUGUCCCAAUCGGGCUUCUUUCAUAUGCCUGUACACAGUUGCCUUUGCUAGUCUACUGAGAGUGUGUUGUUUUCUAAUGAAGUUUUGUGUCUUGCCCACUUGGGCUGUAUUCACCUUUUGUUGAUUAAAUAUUUUACUUAUGUUCUUG